AUGGCAGAGGUUCACGCGUUGGAUAAUUAUUAUCUUGCCAUUACCCUCCUGAUAACAAUAGGGUAUCAAAUGUUUUUCUUUACAAUAGCUUAUGCAAAACAAUUCGACAAAUUAACAGAUUUUGCCGGCGGUUCAAAUUUUGUUGUGCUCGCGGUCGUAACACUGGCAUUUAGUGGUCAUCAUCACGCUCGCCAGAUUGUUACUUCCCUAUUCCUUAUCGCCUGGGCUGUUCGAUUGUCUGGUUUUCUUCUUUUCAGAAUCAUCAAGACAGGAAAGGAUGACCGCUUCGACGACAAACGCGGGAAAUUCUGGUCCUUUUUAGGCUUCUGGGUAUUCCAGAUGCUAUGGGUCUGGACUGUCUCGCUGCCUGUGACAGUGCUGAAUUCUCCAAAUGUCACGCGCUAUCCUCAACCCAAAUUUGGCACAGGCCGUGAUAUUGCCGGAAUAAUCUUAUACGCCCUCGGUUUUGGUUUUGAAAGUAUCUCUGAUAUUCAAAAAUACCGCUUCAAACGGAGACACUCUGAACCUGGCGCCUUCUGUAACGCUGGAUUGUUUUCUUGGAGUCGCCAUCCCAAUUAUUUCGGAGAGAUUAUCAUUCAAUUUUCAAUAUACAUGAUAGCUGUGUCACCUGCAGCGUAUGGGUAUGUCCAUGGCCAGGCCUAUAACGCCUUGUAUGCCACCAUCCUGGGGCCCUUCUUCCUCACUAUUCUUCUACUCUUCGUCUCCGGCCUACCACUGCAGGAAAGGCCUACGGCAAAGAAACGCUAUGAGAAAGGGACCAACUGGGACGCUUAUGCAGAGUAUUUACGACGAACGAGUAUCCUUUUGCCUUUCCCGCCUAGCAUCUACGUUCAUAUGCCUACCUUUUUGAAGAGGACUAUCUUUCUGGAAUUUCCCAUCUAUGUAUUCGACCCGGCAAAGCAUGGAGACGGCGGGAAAGGUGUCGACUCAUCCGCCCAGAGUGGUCAUGGUCGUCUGUCCGGUGACGGUGAGGAGGAUGGCCGCCGUCUAGUGCAUGACGGACAGAAUCAAGUUUAAUACAAGUCUUUUGUACAACCUUCAAAACUGAAUCAGAGGUCUUUCGAGUGAUCGUCACUCGUAAUCGGACUGGAAAUGGACCGAAC